GUCCAGUAUGUCUGGGUUCUUUUGUUUGUUUUUUAGGAAUCUGAGGUUCUGUUUUACGUUUUUUUUUCCCAUUCUAUCAGAAUCCAUCUGUUGUGGCCCUGACAAACUUUGUUUUUGAUGAUGUUCUCUUGCAUAGGUGCUGCUUUGUGUGAAAUAUCCUGGUAAAGAGAUUGUUUUCUCUAAGUUUGGAUUUCUGAGUACUUCAUUGUCUUUGUGAGCUGGGCUGAUGUGUACUUUGGGUAGAAUGACAAAGUUACCAAGCAUCUGAAGAAAUCAUGGCUCCGUGGACCAGUGCUGGGUUCUCUAGGCUGCUGGCUGAAGUCACCCCUUUGGGAAAAGAUAGAGACUGGUGAUUUAGAUAAAAAUACAGUGUAUAAUGUAGAGCCUCUGUUCAAAGAAGUGCCUGUCACAGGACGGGAGCAGUUCUAAAGUCUUCGUCAGUCCUUGGCAGAAUACGAAAAAUAAGGACCCCAGAAUAGGGGGUGCAUAAAACCAAGUGUAUUCAAUUUAGUGGACUGUCUCAUAUUUUGAAAUCACGUCCCUUUUGUUUUUUUAGUAUUAAAAUUGCCCGUUUUUAAAAAAUGAGAGACUUUUCUGUGUUGUGCACAAAGUAGGCAGCAGUGAAUAUUUGUUGAGUGAAUGAAUGAUUAAAAUAAUGGUGAUAGUAAAUAAUUAUGUUUGAUUUCCGCCCCCCCAAAUCUUUACCUGGCAAAAUAAAAGUUGACUGCCCAAUGUUGUCGUUGUUAGCUGCCAUCAAGUCACCUCCAACUCAUAGUGACCUUAUGUACAACAAAAUGAAUCGCUGCCCAGUCCCAUACCAUCUUCAUGAUUGUUGGUAUGUUUGAGUCCACUGCUGUAGCUACUGCCUCAAGCUGUGUCAUGGAGUGUUUCUCUCAUUUUUGCUGACCCUCCACCUUACCAGUGUAAAGCCCAAUGUUGGCUUCCCAAAUAUUGCUCACUGCUCCAGGAAAUUCACACAUCUGGGAACCUUUGACUUAGAGGAUGAUUUGCAUCUGAGCUUUAUGGAUGAGAUUAAUUCAUGGUGUGUUCAUUAUUAAACCUUUAUGGAGCAUGUACCUUAUACCAGAUGCUGCGCUGGGCACACAGUCAAGGCAGUGAAUCACAUAGAGUCCUUGCCCUGAUGUAGCUGGUCUGAUAGCCCCUUUCUUAAGAAAAUGUGAUGACUUAAUAUGGACUAAAGCAUCCCUGGUCUUGGUAAGUUGCAUGAAAGGAGCUGAUAGGAAUUCGAGACUUGUGCUGGGAAAACUGUUAGCACCUUGGAAGAUGCUAGAGGGUCCUGAAUAUCUCUCUGCUGCUGCCCGGUCUCUGCCCACGAUUUGUUCUUCAGCCCCUUUCUAUAAGUGCUUUUCAUAUAAUGAUCUACAACAGCUACUUGCUAUUUUCCUUCAGGGUUUAUGCAAGGUUUGCGAAUAUGUUUACCACAUCUCAGACCUCGAGAGCAUGGUUCAUCGAUAAAGCCCGCCAGGCCCGAGAAGAAAGACUUGUGCAAAAGGAGCGAGAGCGGGCAGCUGUUGAGAUUCAGGCCCACGUCCGGAGUUUUCUCUGUCGGAGUCGACUGCAGAGAGAAAUCAGGAGAGAGAUUGAUGAGUUUUUUAAUGCUGAUGACUCUGGGUCCAGUAAAAGAAGCGCAGUUUGUAUUUUUCAGAUUGCCCGGAAGCUGCUGUUCUUAUUCAGAAUUAAAGAGGAUAAUGAGAGAUUCGAGAAGCUGUGUCGCUGCAUCCUGAGCAGCAUGGAUGCAGAGAAUGAACCCAAGGUAAGUGGACUUGGGAGCUGGAGAAUCUCCCACAAGCACUCAGGAGCCAGCCCAUUCAACAUUAAAUGUUCACUAAUAGGUUUAAGUGGUUUGCUUCCCCAGUGGAUGGGAGAAGUAUUGGACCAGAUGGAGCCCCACCUGAAGCUUGGGUUUGUCUGUCCUUUUCCAGGUCUCACUUACCUUGACGACCUGCUGCCCAAACUGUGGGCAUUUAUCUGUGAGCUGGGGCCCCACGGAGGGUUAAAGCUCUUUCUGGAAUGCCUGAACAAUGACACCGAGGAAUCCAAGCAGCUCUUGGCCAUGCUAAUGCUGUUCUGUGACUGUUCCCGGCACCUCAUCACAAUUCUUGAUGACAUUGAAGUUUAUGAGGAACAAAUUUCAUUCAAACUCGAAGAACUGGUCACCAUCUCCUCUUUUCUCAAUUCCUUUGUGUUUAAGAUGAUCUGGGAUGGAAUCGUAGAAAACGCCAAGGGCGAGACCUUGGAGCUGUUCCAGUCCGUCCACGGCUGGCUGAUGGUGCUCUAUGAGCGGGACUGCCGGAGGCGCUUUGCCCCUGAGGACCACUGGCUGCGAAAGGACCUCAAACCCAGUGUGCUCUUCCAAGAACUGGACAAGGACAGAAAGCGGGCACAGCUGAUCCUGCAGUACAUCCCUCAUGUCAUUCCUCACAAAAAUAGAGUUCUCCUGUUCCGAAACAUGGUUACCAAGGAGAAGGAGAAGCUGGGACUUGUGGAGACCAGCUCCGCCUCCCCUCACGUCACUCACAUUACAAUCCGACGGUCCCGGAUGUUGGAGGACGGCUAUGAGCAGCUUCGGCAGCUCUCCCAGCACGCCAUGAAGGGCGUGAUCCGUGUGAAGUUUGUCAACGACCUGGGGGUGGAUGAGGCAGGGAUCGACCAGGAUGGCGUUUUCAAGGAAUUCCUGGAAGAGAUCAUCAAGAGGGUGUUCGACCCAGCGCUCAAUCUCUUCAAGACAACCAGUGGGGACGAGAGGCUGUACCCUUCACCCACCUCCUACAUCCAUGAGAAUUACCUGCAGCUUUUUGAGUUUGUGGGGAAGAUGCUGGGGAAAGCUGUGUAUGAGGGAAUCGUGGUAGACGUGCCCUUCGCCUCCUUCUUCCUGAGCCAGCUGCUCGGGCACCACCACAGCAUCUUCUACAGCUCUGUGGACGAGCUGCCCUCUCUGGACUCAGAGUUCUACAAAAACCUCACUUCCAUUAAGCGCUACGAUGGGGACAUCGCUGACCUGGGCCUGACACUAUCUUAUGAUGAAGACGUGAUGGGUCAGCUUGUUUGCCAUGAACUGAUUCCUGGAGGGAAGACCAUUCCUGUUACAAAUGAAAAUAAAAUCAGCUACAUCCAUCUGAUGGCGCAUUUUCGAAUGCACACUCAAAUCAAAAACCAGACGGCUGCCCUCAUUAGUGGGUUCCGUUCCAUUAUCAAACCCGAGUGGAUCCGAAUGUUCUCAACCCCCGAACUGCAGCGCCUCAUCUCCGGUGACAACGCGGAGAUCGACCUGGAAGAUUUAAAGAAGCAUACGGUGUACUACGGUGGUUUUCACGGGAGUCACAGGGUCAUCAUCUGGCUAUGGGAUAUUCUGGCCUCCGACUUCACGCCCGAUGAGAGAGCCAUGUUUCUGAAGUUUGUGACCAGCUGCUCCAGGCCCCCGCUGCUGGGAUUCGCCUACCUCAAGCCUCCUUUCUCCAUCCGCUGUGUUGAAGUGUCAGAUGACCAGGACACCGGGGACACCCUGGGCAGUGUCCUGCGAGGCUUCUUCACCAUCCGCAAGCGGGAGCCGGGCGGCCGCCUGCCCACCUCCUCUACGUGCUUCAACCUGCUCAAGCUGCCCAACUACAGCAAGAAAAGCGUCCUGCGGGAGAAGCUGCGCUACGCCAUCAGCAUGAACACGGGCUUCGAGCUCUCCUAGCUCCGGCCCGGCCUGCUGCCCUCGCAGACCAGGGCUCGCUGGAGCACAGUGACGUGCUUGGCGACAUGGGCCCCCCAGCCCUCUCUAUAGCCAUGAGACUCCUCUGUGGCCUCGAGAACUUUAGACAGCAUGACGACUGGACACAGCACUCUCCAGGCGAUACUAAUGGGAAGUGAGUGUUGGAAAUAAACCUCCAGAUUCUGCCCACAUUGGUACUUUUUUCCCGACUUCCCAGGGGCCUGGAGCCCCAGGCCUCUUGAUGCAGAGGGGCUUCUCUUUUUGAUAGUUUGGGCUUUUGGUGGGUGUUUUUCUUUCCUAACCUUGGUGAGUGAGCUGUGCACGAACAAGUUCCAGGACCCCCAAGGGUCUAGAGCAGUUUUCAUGACUUGGGCCUGAGUGCACAAAGCCUGCUACGCAGAAGAUGCUCCUUCCAUUUCCAAAAACUCUUUACUCAGGUAAGGCCUUGCCAAGACUCUAUGCACCCGACAAAGUCUCUGCCUCCAUCCCGUCUACAGCAGCCUCUUUCCUGACAACCAGGCCCACCUGCUCCAAGAGACGAGGCAAAGGGGCCUGCUGGCGAGGCGGCAGAGCCCAGGAAGUUCAGGGCAUUGCUCCCCCUUGACUCCACAGUUCCACAUGGCGCAGUCCUUCCCCAUUCUGCUACUCUGCCUCAGAUGCUCAGCAGGCUGAGCUGCCAGCCAGGUGUCUCCACUGGCUUUGUUCCCCUUCUUAGGUGUUCACUGGAUUUGGGAGGAAAAAACCAUUGUCUCUUAGGAGCAGCUCCCAUUUCUAAAAUGUGCUGUCACCCAAAAUCUGCUGGCUCCCAAGGGGAACCAGUGUUGCCCCGCUUGUUAGCUAAUGAGGAAACAUAUGCUAACCUGAGGUACUAUAGUACUAUAGCCUGUUGGCAGUGGCUUUACCCCCUAAAUUGUACAAUCCUGGGAGACUCGGGUCUAUGGCCCCAUCUUCCUCAGCACAGGGAAACCCAGAGUCCUUUGCACUGACAUAGACCCAUGAGGCUGAGGAAACUCACACACCCUCUGGGUUGGUUUUCUUUUUUCACUUCAUUUUCUCUUCCAACCCAUUGUUCCUUUGCCCUCAUUUGCCCCCUCUAUCACCAGAACUUUAUCCUACAUGCAGGGAAUUGUGGUAAAGGACCCUGUUCUGUGAUCUGUGUUGAUACCCUCUCCCACCUGAUCGUGCUCCUUUUGCAACCCCCAUACCCCCUCCACCAAGACUGAAGCCAGAUUAGAAGUCAGGAGUACCUGGUCCAGUGGUCUCCCCCUCUGUUGCUUGGUGAAGCCGACUUAGGUUUGCAGCUUUCUUCAGAGCAGCAAAACACCUUCCAGCGCCUUCUAGCAAGAACCUUCAAGACAAGCAAGACCUGUCUCCACGGCCUUCUUCAGAGUGUCAGCUGGAUCCUGGUGUUCUGCUGGGCCCGAGCCUGGGUGCUAGAGCCCCUGGACUCUGGGAAACAAAGAGUAUGCGUCUUACUUCAAUGGAAGAGGGCAAGAAAUUUGAAGACAGCACCUUUUUAUUAUUAUUAUUUAAGAUUAGUUAGUUAACUUCUGAUCUGUGGACUUGCCACUUUCUUGAAACGCUCAAUUACUUUGAAGAUUUCUUCUGAAUGUGUCUGUGAACUAGCAGGUUUAUACGUAUGUGCCUGGGGCCUAAGUAAUUGUCAGCCUGCAGAAAAAAAGUUGACCCCAUCUGAACUUUAUUACCUGAGCAUCGGAGCCAGCUGGGGACUGGAGAGAGAGUGGUUUAUAAGCACCAGUGUCAGCUUUUUUUUUUUUUUUUGGUGAGGAGAGGUAGUUUGUCAUUUCAUUUGAAUUGUUGGUCAUUUGGAAAUAUUGCACUAUCUAAAAACACUGAUCUGUACUUCUGUAGCUGAUGUUCAAAUCGUGAUUAUUAUGUAUUUGACACCUUGACAACUCUAAAAAGUUGUAGUUUUUUUGUUUUGUUUUGUUUUCAUAGAUAACUUAUGGAUUAAGACAGAACUAAAGGCUUUAUUAAAUUUGUACUUAAGCACAUGAUGGCUGUGUUCUGCUUUUUAUGCCAAGAAGGAGCAUUUUCCAGCCACGUGCCUGGCUGGCUCAAGACCGGGCCUGCGGUGAUUAAAGAGCAUAUAGGCUCCCCACAGUGAAAAACACAUA